GGAACGCAUAACCAAUUUCUCGCGAGAGACCAGAAGAGGCCAGGACAGGAUUGCUGCAAAGACACCCCACAGAUGUGAAUCAGAACAAUACUCAAGAGUUUAUCACAAAUUGAGAAUGGAUUCAUGGAGAUACGAGUGGGAAUAUUACUACGAUUACCUAGACCCAAUACCAGUGGACGAGAGCAAACUGAAAUAUAACAAGUACUUGAUAGUGAUCGUAUUCUGGAUCAGUCUCGCUGCUUUUGUGGGAUCCCUGUUUGUCAUUUUGACUUUCAUGUCCCGUUCAGUCAGUCUACCCAAAGCUCAUAGUUCCAAAACGGCCAAGAAAUCAUGGAGGAACCCUAGAUCCACUUCUGCUUGAUGGAGAAAACUUGAUAUGUUUUCUGCUUGAUGGAGAAUACUUGAUAUGUUUUCUGCUUGAUGGAGAAUACUUGAUAUGUUUUCUGCUUGAUGGAGAAUACUUGAUAUGUUUUCUGCUUGAUGGAGAAUACUUGAUGUUUUCUGCUUGAUCCCCAAACCCCUCUGAAAGACACACACACACACACACACACACACACACACACACACACACACACACACACACACACACACACACACACACACACACACACACACACACACACACACACACACACACACACAGGGAGCACAAGGCAGCAAGUGCAGAGCCCAAAGAGCAAUUUUUAGGGGUUAAGUGCCUCACUUAAGGACACACUGCCAGGAUAUGGCAUUUGGAAGACCACUGCUGU